AUGGAGACAGGAUACCAUUACAUUUCUAACCAGGAGAAUUUCAAUGUAUCAGUUCUUGGCGACCAUAUCUUUUUUAGAUCUUUGUCAGUUACGGUCAACGAGAUAAAUGUAGAAUUUGAUCUUGAUGUUGCUGCGGUCAAGAUCAGAAGAAGCAGCUUUGCGGCUGGUGUGGACAAUGUAAUUUGUCUCGUCUCUGAUGGAGUAUUGAUGGACCGCCACGUUGUGUUGGUCAGGGUUCGUGUAGACACGCCUCUAAUCACUGCUGACAAAACUAAAGGUGCCUGGAAUGCAACCGUACGACUAACCUUCACACUGCAGACCUCAGACCAUAUCUGGAUGAUCAUUGGCUAUGGAAAUGGUUGGCCUAGGAAAGUCGUCUACGUUCCAGAGACAGACAAGCAACUGUCCAUCCCCGAUGUGGCUUCAUAUGUAAGCUUAGGGGUGUAUACCGUGAACGUAAAGGUGUUUAACGAGAUUAGCGAGGCAAGCAGCACUAUGGAAAUCUCUGUAGAAGUUCCUAUUUCCAGUUUAACGGUGACCACAAGCAAUUUAACGUCCCUCAAGGAAGAUGCCGUAUUUGUGAUUAACCUCAACAACAAACGUCAAGGACCGCAGAAAGUCGACUUUCGCAUCGAUUAUGGUGAUGGCAGCAUACAAGAGAUAACGUACACAAACAACGUUACAAAUGGUUUCGAGCCGUUGGUUGUGAAACAUAAAUAUACAACAUGGGGGAUCUAUAGGAUAAAAGUGACUGCAAGCAACAAUAUCUCCCAGAUGGUGGACAACGAUCUGAUUCAUGUUGGUGAGAACAUAACGUUUCUAGAUAUUCGUACAACCAAAGAGCGAGUCUACUAUGGAGGCUCAAUAGAUUUUACAAUUGACUGUCCUACAGGAUCUGAUGUCCGAUUUACGGUAGACUUUGGUGAUGGCACAAACUUUACGGUAGGUGAGCUUACCGGUGCAGACUUUUCUUAUCACAGCAACGCUAGCGUCAUUGGGGAUAGCAGAGUUGUGGUUUCUCACAUGUUUUCCUCGAGCGGUUAUUACAGCGUCCGUGUCAUCGCCUCAAAUACUUUCGGCAGCAUGACAGCGAGUUUAUGUCCAACAAUCUGUGUCAUGGAGUUGAUGAGCACUGAUUGCCAGGAACCUACAGUUUCCUUUAGAAACAUCAACACGUCUUUGACCAGCCCUUUAGUGAGGAAGAGAUCAGUGGAGACUGUUGUUACUGUAGAUGCCAUCUCAGGUUGCCCAGAAGGUAGUGAAAACACAGAAUUGACCUACUCGUGGAAAGGAAUUUCUCUUGUCAGUCGAGACAAAGAUAUUACAGUCGAACGAAGCAUUUACACUUUCUGCGCCUUCAAAUCUACGAACAGUUCUCUUGUAAUCCCCGCUUUAAGCUUGCCGUUUGGGCUAUACAAGCUUUCAGUAACCGUAUCCCCAGAGAGCAAUGACCUGGUCUAUACAAGAAAAGAGUUGUUCGUCAAGAUUGUACAGUCUGAACCUAUCCCGGCUAUCGACGGUGAAGAAGUUAGGACAAUUAUGACUUACGCAACGGCCAUUUUUGAUAUUUCCAAGUCUUAUGAUCCCGAUGUUACUGAAAAUCAACGCCAGGGAAUUUCUUUCCACCUGUUCUUUAUGCCAGAAACUGUUUUAUCAGAGGCAAAGAAACUAUCUCUGAACAUGCUAAUGAAUAGAUCCAGUCUUGUUGCCAACAAAACCCUUUACCCGAUCACCACAGGCAAUCCAUUUUUCAUGUACCAGUACGGAACCUGUUUCAAUGGCACCGAUAGCUUGUUAGAUGACCUCUCGACAUUUGCAGGCAAGAUCACGUUUGCUGCUUCGAACUUUGUCACCGAUUACUUCUCUUUCGGCGUCAUUCUGUGGGCCGAACGAAACAACCUUAGCGCUAUGGCAACGCAGAUAAUUGAAGUUCGAGAGAGUUUCAUGAGACUCGAAGACCUUGGCGCUCUUCUUGACCUCGCUAUGAAUGCCGAUCCUGAUACGGCUAUAAGAUUGUGUGGUGGAGCUGCUAGUGCUAUCCUAACGCAAGAC